AUCUGGACGUAAAAUCCAAACCACAAAAAGACCAGACCACGAACACAUGAGCUCAGCCAUGAGCUAUACUCUUAAAUACUAUUAUGGUUAGGCGGCGCCAUGCCUAAAACCCGCGUCGACUUCCACCGACCCACGUUUCUUACCCAUGAAAAUAGCGGAGUACGGAUUGCCAUCGUCGUCGUCCAUCUUUUGAUUGAGGCCUUCGAAGAAUAAUGCUAAAUUGCCUUCUAUUGUACAGGAGGAAUUGAAAAACCUCCUCUGCAACUGCAACUGCAACUGCAUGGGUCCAUUUCUCGCUCGAACUACGCUCACCUGACGCUGAAUUCAUUAUAUGUUUUUUUGGGGGUUAAGCUAAUUCUGCCUCUGAAUUAAUGUUUGCCAUUCUACUACUAAAUGAUUUCGCAAUCCCCUUCCACGAGCUUGGAUUGCUCACAGUCACAGCAGCAGCAGUUCUUUAAUCCCAUCACCAAUCCGUCAAUCCCUUUCUCCAAACGAAACAGAAGAAAUUCCCCAAGAAAUUGGAGCUUCUUAUCCUGUGCCAUUCCCUCCGACCGUCCCAACUGUCUUAAUGUAGAAUUAGCCAAUUCCGCCAGACGAGGCGCCAAUAUUUUCGUAGUCAAGCGGCUUUCCCAUGAAUUGGAAGGCGAAGAUUUGUCCCAAGAAUCGCCACUCCAAAUGGGCACCAGUUUUACCAAUUACCAGGAGGACCCAAUCGUAGAUAAGCUUAGAACCCAACUGGGAGUGAUUCAUCCAAUCCCAUCGCCUCCCAUUAGUGGAAAUAUAGUCGGGUUGUUUGCCUUCUUUUUCUUUGUCGGUGUUGCUUUCGAUAAGGUAUGGGCUUCGAGGAAGAGAAACAAGGUGGAUAGUGCGGAUGGUAAGCGCGGCGGCGCUGGAGCCUGGCCGCAAGUUCCAACGAGCUUUUCCUUGUUUUUGGAGAAGGAUUUGCAGAGGAAAGAGUCGGUUGAGUGGGUGAACAUGGUGUUGGGGAAGUUGUGGAAAGUUUAUAGAGGUGGUAUCGAGAACUGGAUCAUUGGGUCGCUACAGCCGGUUAUUGAUAACUUGAAGAAGCCUGAUUAUGUGGACAGGGUUGAGAUUAGGCAGUUCUCCUUGGGAGAUGAACCGUUAUCGGUGAGAAACGUUGAGCGCCGGACUUCGCGUCGCGUUAAUGAUUUGCAGUACCAAAUAGGCCUUCGAUAUACUGGUGGUGCUCGUAUGCUGUUAAUGCUCUCACUAAAAUUUGGUAUUAUCCCCAUUGCUGUGCCAGUUGGUGUUCGAGAUUUUGACAUUGAUGGGGAGCUUUGGGUCAAGUUACGAUUGAUACCUACGGAGCCUUGGGUGGGAGCUGUUUCAUGGGCUUUUGUUUCACUUCCAAAGAUCAAAUUUGAAUUGUCUCCAUUCCGCUUAUUCAAUUUAAUGGCAAUUCCUGUUCUCUCAAUGUUUUUGACUAAACUUCUCACUGAGGAUUUGCCUCGACUAUUUGUCCGCCCAAAGAAGAUUCUUUUAGAUUUUCAAAAAGGAAAAGCAGUUGGUCCUGUUGCUAAUGUCUUUAAGUCUGGAGAAAUGCAAGAAGGAAACAAGGAUUUUACUGGAGAACUAUCGGUGACUCUUGUAGAUGCUCGGAAUCUUUCUUACGUUUUUUACGGCAAAACAGAUCCAUAUGUUAUUCUAAGCUUGGGAGAUCAAAUUAUACGCAGUAAAAAGAAUAGUCAAACCACAGUCAUUGGCCCACCCGGUGAGCCAAUAUGGAAUCAGGAUUUUCAUAUGCUCGUUGUGAACCCUAGGAAACAAAAAUUGUGCAUCCAAGUAAAGGAUUCUCUAGGAUUCAAGGAUUUGACUAUUGGAGCAGGGGAGGUUGAUCUGGGUUCUCUUCAAGAUACUGUACCAACAGACAGGAUUGUUGUCUUGCGAGGAGGUUGGGGACUAUUUAGAAAGAGGUCUUCUGGAGAGAUACUACUUCGACUGACAUAUAAGGCUUAUGUAGAGGAUGAAGAAGAUGACAAGACUGAGGCAGAUUCUGUUGAUGUGGAUGCGUCAGAUGAUGAAUUGUCAGAUUCUGAUCAGUCAAAUGUUACUUACGAGAAGGUUGAAAGAGAUUCUUCAAAUGAAACGGAUAAAGAAUCAUUUAUGGAUGUUCUAGCCGCAUUGAUUGUGAGUGAAGAAUUUCAAGGAAUAGUGGCAUCUGAAACAGGAAAUACCAAACUUUUUGAUGAUGUCUCAACAAUAGGGUCAACAAUACCACAACCACGUGGUCUUAAAGCUGAAUCCAUCCCCUCGAAUUCCACUGGUGACUCUGAAGGUUCUAGAGGAGGAUCUGCCUUAUUUUGGCUUGCAGUGAUCACAUGUAUAUCAGUGUUAAUUGCUAUCAAUAUUGGUGGUUCAAGUUUUUUCAAUCCUUGAUAUGCAACAGAGCUAGCAAAGAAGCAGGUUUAAGUACUUUAUAGCUGUGAAUAAACAAACCUUUCACACUCGCAGUGGACUCUCAAGCUAAUGACUCAUUUUCCAUUGGCUUAUAUUACUUUGUAAAUUCGUGGUUACUGGCAGAGGAAUAUUCUGUUGGCGGCAUGAAAGUUUUUGGCCUCUUUUUCUUGACCUAUAACAAGUGUACAUGACCUUUGUACCUCUCUAUUCAUUAGUCGUAUGAAUGGUUAUUACAAUAGGGAAUGUUACUCAUUUUUAAAUUGUCUUGUUCUGGAAAUGGAGGGAUUUUAUGCUGACCCAAAAAGUGGGGGUAAGGUAGUAAUUAGUUCUAGCAUUAGAAGGAGGGUUGGCCAUAGUUUCCAGAAAAGAAAUACUCUCUAUUCAGGCUUGGUAUCAUGUAUAAAACAUUUAUUCCGGGGUCA